AUAUCUGAAAUCUACUAUUUACCAUUUACCUAGGCACUUGGACAACGUGCCAGUUUUACUUUGUGGUCUAAUAUUUAACGUUUCGAAGGCAGAAGAUAGGGGUGAAUUACGAGCUUAUCUUCCUUAUCUCGAACUGAGUGAACCCCACUAUUAUGAACUGAUACCAUCUUCAACCUCGAUACAUGUAGGCAUUUCAUCUUAAUUAUUAAUACUUUUGUACGUUGGUUAGAUAGCUUGAAUAGAUAUAUACCCACCUAGAUAUAUUCCUUGAUAAGCGCCGAAUGAUACCAGCCAUAGUGAAAACGACGAUGUCACUACCACCGGCCCUCAGCAUCAACCCGCCCCUCCUCAACUCGGCCAACCCAUGGGCGACUACGCUGGAAGACUUAACGGCCCUGUUCGAGUGCCCGUCCACCGGCGCGGUGACGACGCGGACGGCGCUGCUGAACGGCUUCCCGCACGACCCGGAUACGCACCAGUACUCGUUCUUCGACCCCGGAUCCAACACCCCGACGGGCCGGAUCUCGACGCCGGGAGGGGACGAGACCGCCGGUGCCAGCGCGAGCGCCAGUUUAAAUAAUAUGGGGUACAGCCCCAUACCGCUAGACGCGUACCUCGGGUUCGUCGAGACGAUAGCGAGGGAGAAAGGGCCCCGUGGUAAGGGGUUCGUGGUCUCGGUCACGGGACCCCCGGACCACGUGGCGGAGUGCUACGCCCGCGUCGCGGAGGCGCAGAAAAGGAUCGGGGAAGGCGUCCCGCUCGCGCUGGAGGUCAACCUGAGCUGUCCUAAUAUCCCCGGCGCGCCGCCGCCGGCGUACGACGCCGUGGCGCUGGGGACGUAUUUGGAGGGUCUGGCUGGUGUCGCGGGGGCGCGGGCGAAGGGGGACGGGGAUGGGGAUGGGGAGGGUGUUAGGAUUCCGUGGGGCGUUAAGACGCCGCCGUAUACGCAUGCCGGACAGUUUGCCAUGUUGGUCAGCGCGCUCCGGGGCGCGGCCGCGAGGGCUGGCAGCGUGUGUCCGGUUAGCUUUGUCACGGCGACGAAUACGCUCGGCUCGUGCCUGGUUCUCGAGGCUACUGGUACUGGUUCGAGCGAGAAAGGAGAGGGGGAAGGGAAGGGAAAGGGAGGGCCGAGGUUAGCCGGGACGGGAAUCGGCGGGAUGGCGGGCCCGCCGCUGCAUCCCCUGGCCCUGGGAAACGUGAAGACGCUUAGGGAGACGCUGGACGAGGCGCCGGAGACGAGGCACGUGCAGAUUAUCGGCGUGGGCGGCGUGGGGGACGCGGAUGGGUAUCGACGGAUGAGGGGUGUUGGGGCGGCGGCGGUGGGCGUGGGGACGGCGCUGGGGAGGAGGGGGGUGGGUGUUUUUGAGGAGAUUGAAAGGGGGUUAGGAGGACGGUGGUGAAAGUGGGAUAUUUUAGAUGUGCUUUGUUUGGGUGUCGUGGAUUGGAUGAGGGGGUUGGCUUGUUGUAUCACGGUGAUAUUGGCUUGGCUGUGGAUUAAGGAGGAACUACCUAGACAAGAUGAAGUAACAAACACAAUUAAUAUAUAAAUAUUAAAACCGGAUACUACGGUGUAAUCA